ACACACAGCGCUGGGGUCCACGCUGCCACAGCCACCUGUGCCCCACAGCGCCUGCUGCGCUGCAUGGCUGUACCCCUUGACACCCUCCUGGCCCCCUGAGCCUUCCCCCGGCCUGUGGCAUCUCGGGGGCUUGCACACCCUUGCCCCCACCUUGCCUGGGACCUGGAGGAGGAGGAAGGGUCCCAGAGGGACGAAGGGGGCGCGGGGCUGGCAUGCUGGGCUCCGUCAAGAUGGAGACGCACGACCUGGCCGAGUGGAACUCCUACUACAGCGAGCCCGCAGAGGUCUACCCCUCUGUGAGCACCAUGACGUCCGGCCUGGGCCCCAUGAACACCAUCAACUCCUACAUGACCCUCAACUCCCUGAGCUCCCCUGGCUCCAUGAACAUGACCUACCCCAGCGGGGGCCUCAGCAGCCCUUCCCUGCCGGGGCUGCCCGGCACCGCUAGCGCCAUGGGCCUGGGCAGCGUGGCUUCCCCUGUCAGCCCAGCCCUGACGCCGCUGGGGGCCCAGGCACCCUCCAUCAACGCCCUGUCCCCCUACCAGAGCGUGAGCCCGUCCGCGGCACCCCUGGGGUACCCAGCCGCCGGCAUCGCCCGGCCCAAGGAGCUCAGCAAGUCGUACCGGCGCACGCUGACCCACGCCAAGCCGCCCUACUCCUACAUCUCCCUCAUCACCAUGGCCAUCCAGCAGGCCCCCAGCAAGAUGCUGACCCUCAACGAGAUCUACCAGUGGAUCAUGGACCUCUUCCCCUACUACCGGGAGAACCAGCAGCGGUGGCAGAACUCCAUCCGCCACUCGCUCUCCUUCAACGACUGCUUCGUCAAGGUGGCCCGGUCCCCAGACAAGCCGGGCAAGGGCUCGUACUGGGCCCUGCACCCCAACUCGGGCAACAUGUUCGAGAACGGCUGCUACUUGCGGCGCCAGAAGCGCUUCAAAAUCGAGGACAAGGCCAAGAAGCCCAGUGCCAAGGGCUCCGCCACCCAGGAUCAGGCCCCCAAGCGCCCCGAGGGGGUCCCCGAGGGCCGGAGCCCGCCGACGGGCUCGGAGGGGGCCGAGUCGGGCCACUCGGACGCCUCACACGGGUCCGAGGAGCAGCGGGGCCUGGUGCAGCUGGACUGCUCGGGCGUGCAGGGCUCGCCCCCGGGCUCCGCCACCUCCCCGGUGCCCAUCUCGCCGUCCAUCACUAGCCACUACUUCCCCCCCUCCAUCGCCAGCCUGGAGCUGCCGGGCGACCUCAAAAUGGACCCGCAGUAUAAUUUCAACCACCCCUUCUCCAUCACCAAUCUGAUGUCCUCUGAGCAGAGUCACAAGGUCGACCUCAAGGCCUACGAGCAAGUCAUGGCCUAUAACGGCUACGGCUCCUCGCCGGCAGCCGAGAGCAAGCACGGCUACGAGCCUGCCACCUCCCUCGCGGAGACCGGCCCCUACUACCAGAGCCUCUACAGCCGCUCCCUCCUCAACGCCUCGUAACGCGGCCCCACGGCGUUGCCGUCUGCCCCGCCAUGACACAUGCCCGUCCCUCUCCCCUGUCCUCCAUUCCUCCCCGCACCCGGCCCUGGCCACGGGCAUGGCCCCUUUUCUGUUGUCUUGUGCCAUUUGAUGCCGCCACCGAGGCCAGCCCCAGCGGAAGGGGCCCCACGGUUGGCGGGGGCCACGUGGGAUCGGGCGGCUCAACACCCGGCCCAGACCCCGCGGGGGACCAGGAAUGGCCCCUCACGCCCCAGCCCCUUCUCUGCCCCCGCGCCGGGAUCGCCGAGGUGUCCUGUCCACGCGCGGCAGGACCCACUGUUACGUUCACGGGCCCGGUGCCGGCGGGCGGAGCUGGGGUGGCAGCGGGGAGCCCUUCUCCAUUCGGGGCUGGGUUAAUUUUCUUGGUUCGUUUUGUAAAUGGCUCGAUAUUUAAAUAUUUGCUUUGGGAACGGGGCGUUGUAGAGACGGGUUAAUAUAUGGUACCGUAGCAAUGGGUUGGGUUCUCACAGGGUAGUUUUGUGCGUGUCUAUGGUUGGAUUUUUUUUUUUUUUUUUUUGGUUUUUUUGGUAUUAAAGAUCAUUAAAAUGAA